AUAGAUAGGUUUGGUUAGAGAAAAGAAGAAGCAAAAAAAAAUGAGUAAGAGUCAUGUACUGGUCAUACCCUAUCCCGCUCAAGGUCACAUUAACCCAAUGAUCCAAUUCUCCAAGCGCCUAGCCUCCAAAGGACUCCAGGUAACAGCAGUCAUCUUCUCAAGCCAGGCGCUGCUCGAGCAUACCCAACUUGGCUCGGUCGGAGUUGUGACCAUAGAUUGUCAGAGUCAUGAGGAAGCCAAGAUUUCGAUAGAUGACUACCUAAAACAAUUCCAAGCUACGGUGACACUAAAAUUGCGAGAACUCGUUGCAGAACUAAAGAAUUCUUCUGGAUAUCCAAUAUGUUGCCUUGUGUAUGACUCACUGAUGCCUUGGGUUCUAGAGACAGCUAGACAGCUUGGCCUCGGUGCGGCUUCGUUCUUCACACAGUCAUGUGCUGUUGACACUGUCUGCUACCACAUCCAUGAGGGGCAGCUCAAGAUUCCACUAGAGAAGUUGCCUCUAACAUUUUCACGUCCGCCAGCCCUAGAAAUUACUGAUCUGCCAUCAUUUGUGCAAGGUCUAGAAUCAAAAUCAGAAUAUUCAUCUCUAUUGAACCUAGUGGUUAGUCAGUUUUCGAAUUUCAGGGAAGCUGAUUGGAUCUUUGUCAACACUUUCAACACCCUGGAGGAAGAGGCGGUCAACUGGUUGGCAAGCCAAAGGUCAAUAAAGCCAAUAGGACCAACGAUUCCAUCAGUUUACUUGGACAGGCAGCUGGAGGACGACAGAGAGUACGGUCUCAGCCUCUUCAAACCUAAUCUGGACGGUUGCAAGGAGUGGCUAGAUUCAAAGGAAACUGGCUCAGUGGUUUAUGUGUCAUAUGGAAGCAUGGCUGCACUGGGAGAGGAGCAAAUGGCAGAAAUUGCUUGGGGCCUAAAGAGGAGUGGCUGCUACUUCUUGUUGAAGUUUGGUACCUAAGCUAGAACAGAUUACUUAGCAGUAAUCUACUGCAUGAUUAUCUAGUUGUUAGCUGAGAUUACUAUCUAGAUUAGGAUAUGUUUUAAUUCUUUUGUUAAGUUUAUCUAGGAUUAAACUAACUUGUAAACAUCUCCUUAAAAUAAAGGAGAAGUUGGCUGGUACGUUUCUAGAGUUUGUUUUUCUUUGUAAUUCUGUUUUCUUUUCCUAUAAAUAA